GGGAGAUCUGGCGGAGUCGUGCCAGGGGAGUCUGCGGAGCGGGGUCGGGCAGUGCAGGGUUUAGUUACAAGUGGAAGGCAGAUCUUUGAARCACAGGAUGGCUUCUCAGCAGCUACUCAGGCAAAAGAAAAAGCCCACUAAGGAAGCAGCGCUGUUCCCUGAGAUCAUCACCACAGAGCAGCAGUCCUUGGUGCUGGUGAAGAGGCUCCUGGCCAUCUCUGUGUCCUGCAUAACCUACAUGAGAGGGCUGUUCCCAGAGAGCUCCUAUGGCACUCGCUAUCUGGAUGACCUCUGUCUAAAAAUUCUCCGAGAAGAUAAAAGCUGUCUGGGAUCACUGCAGAUAGUCAAGUGGAUACAAGGUUGUUUUGAUGCUUUGGAGAAGCAGUAUCUGCACGUGGCUGUCCUUGCAAUUUACACCAAUCCCGAGGAGCCGGAGACACUCACUGAACUGUAUCAGUUCAAAUUCAAGUACAAAAACAAGGUACCCCAGAUGGACAUCAGCAGCAACCACACGGAGUUUGUGACGGGGCUGUGCAGCAAGGAUGUCAAACAAGCCAGCAGGCGCCUGCUUCGGACACUCUACCUGCUCAUGCAGAACCUCAGGCCACUGCCCAAUGACAUCACCCUGACCAUGAAACUCCUCUACUACAACGAUGUCACUCCCGAGGAUUACCAGCCCCCCGGCUUUAAGGAAGAUACUGGCUCUGGUGACCUCUUGUUUGGUGGGGAUCCUGUCAACCUGAGGGUGGGGUCAGUCUCCACCGACUUCCACCUCAUGAAAGUCAAAGUGACAACUGACAAGAAGAGGAUGAGGAAGGCUGACAGCAACCUGAUCCAGAAGAAUGGCCCUACUGAGAUCUCCCACCAAGGGUUGGACUGCGAGGAAGAGGAAGAGGAGGAGAGCCCAAAGAAUCACCCUCCCCCUGUCAAAGCUGAUUUGUGUGAACAUGAAGGGGACAAAAGUGACACCCAUCCAGGCAGGAAAACAGAAACAUCUUCUUGCCUUGAAGGUACAGGUAGAAAAAAGAUGGGAAUAAAGGAGACAGACAGGAUGCUUUGCUCAAGGGCAUCUCAGCAGAUAAACCUCCUGAACCUUGCCUUUAGCCAGGAAGAGGUAAUAGGACCCGAGAAGAAAAGGAAGGUCAGUGAACCAGAGAAGCUGCUUCUGAACUGCAGGAAAUAAUGUUCAUUCUGACACACAAUACAUUUUGGAAGGUGUGAGUUUGCACUGUCAUCUGACUGGUACAGACCUUUGCUCUCUCCCAGUGUUUAACYCUUCCCCAUCCCACAUGUAUUUCUGCAUGUUUAUUUGUCUUGUGAAUAUUCUGGGUUGCCAAGAGACUGCAGAAUUGUUGUGGCAUUGUCAACCAACUGAACUUGUUUGAUGUUCUAAAGCUGAGGAUUUAUAAUUCCAUGUAACUGGUGUCAGUGUGCUUCUUUCUGCCUCUUCCUCUCACCCCCCUGCCCCUCACUGGCUAAAUCCCCUCCUCUGGGUCUGGRCUGUCCUGUGCCACUCUGUCACCCCUAUUUAAGGGCACUAUUUCCAGAUGAACUCUGAGGUAUCAAUGCCAGCAGGCAGCAUGUCUCGUGAUCCACCACAUUGUGCUUAACUUCAUCCUUUCUGCUGUUU